CGAGAUCUGCUAGAGUCAAGCGUGGCAAAUGGUGGUGCAGUUCAGCGGCGGUGAGACUCAGACGUCAGACGUCAGACCUCCCUCAAUCUCAGACGACAUCCUCCUCCGUCUUCCGGCGUUCCCCGCGACCCCUUCCGCCGCCCCCAAAUGCCUGCCCAGAAACGUCCUCCCCCGUCAUCCUCUCCGUCUCCAUCCCCACCGUCCUCCGCCGUUGGGGACAACUGCCCACCUUCCCCGUCGACGGCCGAGCGCGCUGAGAAGAAGCCCAAGCUGGAGGAGAACGGCACGGCCAACGGCAACGGCAACGAUUUCAUCGACACCAAGUCGGCUGCUGCGGCGGGGUCGGAAUCGGAGUCGGAGGUGGACGACGCUGCCACCGAAAAGGAGUUUAUACCGGUAAAAUUGUCAGAUGUACGCAAAGAAGUGCAGUGUCCCAUAUGCUUAGGCAUCAUCCGAAAGACUAGAACAGUUAUGGAGUGCCUACAUCGAUUCUGCAGGGAAUGCAUUGACAAAUCAAUGCGACUUGGGAAUAACGAGUGCCCAUCAUGUCGCACACACUGUGCAAGUCGGCGUUCUUUGAGAGAUGAUCCAAAUUAUGAUGCCCUGAUUUCAGCUUUAUACCCAGAUAUUGACAAGUACGAAGAAGAGGAACUUGCCUUCAACGACGAGGAGAAUGAUCGCAAUAAGCAGAUUCAAGCUUCCAUUGCCGAGGCUUUCCAGAAACAGUCAGAAGUGAUUGGACAGAAGUUUACUGCCAAAGCCACUGCUGCUGCAUUUGUAAGAAGAUCACGGCGUAACAUGCGGGCUAAUGGGCAGAGUAAGUAUCUUCGUGGCAGAGGCAGGGCCAGUUCCCAUGAUGUUGGUCUGUCCUGUUCUAAUGAUGAGCAAGAAGGAAAUGGUGAAAACUAUGGCAAAGAGUCAUCAUCUGCUGAGGAGAGCUCCCCAGAGAAAAAACAGAAAAGGUUGCCCAAAUGGCCAACGCCACGUUCCUCACCUGCUCGAGCAGGAUGCAGUGAUGAGGUUGCUGAUGAUGAUGAUGUAGGAAUCACCAGAGAAAAUUUCAGCACAUCUCCUCUGCGAGCAUGGGGUAAGAAUGGUACUCGUAGUCAGACUCGCCAUGGCAAUUUUAGCAAUUCAAAUGGUAGGGUGGUCAAGGGUGGUCGCACGAUCAAGUUGGUUGACUGUCUUCGUACUUCUGAUGACAAUGACGGCGAGCGUGGAGUACAUCUUUUUCUGAUUCCGCUGGAUGGACAAACUAUGCCAAAUUUGGAGAAGUCGUACUUAUGCUGCGGCCCAACUCUCUCGGUCAAACAUCUUUGUCAGUUCGUCGCUGGCCAGACAUCUCACAAGGAUGAAGAAGUUGAGAUGUACGCAGUGAAGCCUCCACGUAGCGAUCGGAACAAAAUCAGUUCUGAAAAGGCAAAGCUUGCAGGGGAGGAACGCCUUUCUGACAUAUGUUCUCAGUUCACUUCCCCCAAUGGUGAUUUGGAGCUGGCGUAUGCCGUAAAGAUGUCAAACUGAACAAGGAACUGAGCAUUGAGGGUGGAUUCGUACAUAUCCCUUGACCCCGACGGGAGUCUGGGAUGUCAUAUGAUCUAGCAGUGUCUUGUGGGAUUUGUAGUAAACUGGUGGAGGAAAAGACUGGUUGGAUGUGGGCAUGCGGCGAUGUCUUGUACUAACUGGCGAGGCAUUGUCGUUCUUAUAUAAGGUAAAUGUGUGUAGAUGAUUGCUGGUUAGUAGAUUUCGAAUGAACUAGAGAUACCCAUUCUUAUUUAUUUUCUGUUUUUUUUUACCGUGAGGUUAAUAAUCUUUUUUUUAGAAAGAACUGAAUAUUCUUUGUGCAGACUGCUGUGCAAAGAAAUUCCUGAUGCUUUUUUUUUCUUCUACUGUGAUAUAUAUUUGUAUUGGCCCAUGUAUCAAGGAACAACUGUAGUAAAACAUACAUCUCAGAUAUGAACAUUGAUACGUAUAUUUAUUGAAGAUCA